GAAAUUUUAGGGUUUAGGUUUUCUCUCCUCGAGCACCAUGGGCGCGACGCGGAAGCUCCAGGGCGAGAUCGAUAGAGUUCUCAAGAAGGUCCAGGAGGGCGUGGAUGUCUUCGACAGCAUCUGGAAUAAGGUGUAUGAUACCGAGAAUGCAAAUCAAAAGGAGAAGUUUGAGGCCGAUCUCAAGAAGGAAAUCAAGAAGCUACAGCGAUACAGGGACCAGAUUAAGACGUGGAUUCAGUCCAGUGAAAUCAAGGACAAGAAGGUAGCAGCGUCUUACGAGCAGGCGCUGGUGGAUGCCCGGAAGCUCAUUGAGAGGGAGAUGGAACGAUUCAAAGUUUGCGAGAAAGAAACGAAAACGAAGGCGUUUUCGAAAGAAGGUCUAGGCCAGCUUCCGAAAACUGAUCCAAAAGAGAAAGCAAAAGCCGAAACACGAGAAUGGUUAAACAAUAUGGUGGAUGAGUUGAAUUCGGGUAUUGAUGCGUUUGAGACAGAGAUGGAAGGACUGGCAGUGAAGAAGGGGAAAACUCGCCCCCCCCGCUUGAUUCACUUAGAAGAGUCUACUGCCCGUCACAAAAGUCAUGUCAUGAAACUAGAACUCAUUUUGCGACUUUUGGACAAUGACGAGCUAAGCCCAGAGCAAGUAAAUGACGUCAAAGAGCUUGUGGAAGAUUACCUCGAAAGGAAUCAGGAGGAUUUUGAUGAAUUCGCAGAUGUGGAUGAACUUUAUAGUCAGCUUCCUCUUGAUAAAAUGGAGGCCAUGGAGGCUCUGGACCUUGCUCCGAAUGUGGCUUCAGCACUUGUGGUAAAGGAGAAGGCUGCGGUUGCUGCCGCCUCCGGAGCUAGCGUGACAAAUGGUGCAAGCGUUAAACCAUCACUUCCGGUUGCUGCUGCUGCGGCAGCUGCAGCAGCUGCUGCCGUUGCUGCUCAAGUUCCUCCACCUUUACAGCCCGUGGAUGAUAUUACAUUGGAAGACACAUCCGCACGAACAUCUCCCGUUCCAAUCACCGCAAGCUCGCUGUCACCCACAGGAUCGGCCUUACUGCAGACUACUGGAAGCGAUGUAACUUCAUCUCCAAGCGCUUCUGGUAUCACGCAACGGACUGUGGCAACACCUCCUGGUCUGAUUCCACGGCCAACAGCCAAAGGUGCGGUCUUGCAAUCAUCACCUGCAAAAGUCAAGGAGGACGAGGUGACGAGCCUUGCCGGGCGACGAGUAGGACCAGGUAUUGGAGAUGGAGGUCUUUCUCGAAGCUUUGGCAGGCAAACAGCUGUUCCAGCUUCUCCUGUCGCUCAACCUUCCCCAACCGUCUCGAGCAGUCCAACAGUGCCGGAAGCUGCAAAACGGAAUAUAGCUGACGACAGAGCCACUUCUGGAGUCGCACCGCAGCUCAGUCCUUUGAGCACGCCGAAUAAAGCUCCUUUUGGAGGAAAGGUUGGAGAUUCCAGUCCGACAAGUGAGGCUCCGGGAACCCCAGAAACGGCCAUUGGGAAUAGACUGGGCCAGUGGAGAGAAUCGAGCCAGUUCCAUGGAAGACCAGAGAUUGUUCCAGAUCAAAAACAAAAGUUCUUACAGAAGUUGCAGCAGGCCAAUCAACAGACACAACAUCUCCCUCCACAUCUUACAAGUCCAGUUCAAAAGCAAACGCCACAACCAUCCUCUUUGCUUCAUCAGGCUCUUUUGCAGCAGCAGCAACAACAGCAGCUUUCUCCUCUAAGUACGCAAUCUCCUACAACGCCGGUACCUGGACUAUCAGCACCUGUCUCACAAGCACAGUCUCCCGCCCAGCCUCUGCAGCAGCAGCCGCAAGUAACAGCAGCUUCCAAAGACGCUGUGCCCCAACCUGAUGCGAUUCAAACAAGGACUGUGGAGCAGCAGAGUCCACUUGCAGCUAAACUUGCAGACGAUAACACGACUGAAGCCAAUGUACCAUUCCCCAGAAAUUUAUCUCUGAGCGAAGAUGACUUGAAGAAUGCAGACACCUUCGACGUUCCAGUUGGUGGCCCAGGAACGCUAGCGGAACUUAGCCAGUUGUCGAGGGAUGCAGAUUUCACGCCAGGGCAACAAGUCCCGUCAACACCAACAUCAUCAGUACCUGGUGUGAUCGGUCGGAAGAGCAACACGGAACUUGGAGCCAUAGGAGACAACCUCUCAGCUGCAAGUAGCAGUAUGGCUCACGAUAGUGUGUACAAUUUGCAGAUGCUAGAAGCUGCUUAUCGCCACCUUCCGCUUCCAAAAGACUCAGAACGGCCACGCAACUACACCCCGAGGAACCCAGCUAUCACUCCGCCUAGCUAUCCUCAAGCACCAGCCCAAUCCAUCAUCGACAACCCUGCGCUUUGGGAGAAGUUUGAGGUGGACGUCCUGUUCUAUGCAUUCUACUAUCAUCAGGGAACGUACCAGCAGUAUCUAGCCGCAAGGGAGCUAAAGAAACAUUCGUGGAGAUAUCACAAGAAGUACAACACAUGGUUCCAGCGCCACGAGGAGCCGAAAGUCACAACAGACGAAUUCGAGCAAGGCACAUACGUUUACUUCGACUUCCACAUCGUGGAUGAUAUUCAGCAAGGCUGGGUCCAGAGAAUCAAGACCGAGUUUACAUUCGAAUACAGCUUCCUCGAAGACGAGCUGGUGUAAAGUUUUAUGUUUAAUUUCACGCUAACUCCAUGGCGCU